CAUUCCUCUGUGUGGGUGGUGCAGCUGCAGGUAUCUGUGCGGGUCCCCCAUUCCACUGUGUGGGUGGUGCAGCUGCAGGUAUCUGUACGGGUCCUGCAUUCCUCUGUGUGGGUGGUGCAGCUGCAGGUAUCUGUGCGGGUCCCGCAUUCCUCUGUGUGGUGGUGCAGCUGCAGGUAUCUGUGCGGGUCCCGCAUUCCUCUGUGUGGUGGUGCAGCUGCAGGUAUCUGUACGGGUCCCGCAUUCCUCUGUGCGGGUGGUGCAGUUGCAGGUAUCUGUGCAGGUCCCGCAUUCCUCUGUGUGGGUGGUGCAGCUGCAGGUAUCUGUACGGGUCCCCCAUUCCUCUGUGUGGGUGGUGCAGCUGCAGGUAUCUGUGCAGGUCCCGCAUUCCUCUGUGUGGGUGGUGCAGCUGCAGGUAUCUGUGCGGGUCCCGCAUUCCUCUGUGUGGGUGGUGCAACUGCAGGUAUCUGUGCGGGUCCCGCA